AGAUUUAAGUAAACAUGAUUCUUGUUGCUUCAUUGCCAUUCUUAAGGAUUUUCGUGUACAUUUCUUUCGGUUGCAUAAUACAAGAACGUGAUAUCUCUGGCUAAGUACAAUUAUAUGGUGUAUAAUGUUGUCGAAGUACUUCCCUUCCAUCCUAAUAGCCUCUAUUUCAUAUCCUAAUUUUGAACGAACUUGUGCAGCUUAUGGUUUUUCAAAUUAUAGAUUCCUAGCAAGAACAUGUUUUGCGUCCAAUCAGUGUCACCGGUGUUACAUUUUGUCUUGUCUCUAACUGGAUGAAAUAGUUCGGUGAUGAAGUAAGGCCAAAGCAAUGAGAGAUUAUUUGCUUGAUACAUGUCUGUAACUUUAGUAGAGACGGAUCCAAGUGUACCUAAAUUCGGCAACUGGGAAAGCGAAGACAAUGUUCCCUACACGGUCUACUUUGAUAAGGCAAGGAAAAAUAGAGGUGGGAAGAUGAUAAAUCCAAAUGACCCUGCAGAGAAUCCCGACAUGUUCUUGAAUGCUGAUUCUUCACCUCCAGCUCCAGCCCCUGCUCCUCCCACAAAACCAGAAACUAGUCUGGUGCAACCAAGAAAUUCUCCAGCCCAGAGUGAAAAUACGGGUCAGAGAACAGCUAACGACUCAAAUUAUGUAGGCCGUGGGGCGAGGUCUGGGGGACAUGCAAGGCGGACUGCAGGUUCGGGGCACAGCAUUGAGCGGUCCCCACUUCAUCCACAUCACCAGGCCAAGAUAACAGGGAGAGGUAGUGGAUCUCCGGCUUGGGAAGGAAAGAACUCGUAUGACAGCAGUCAUGGUACCCCUGGAAGAUCCCGAUUAAAGCCAACUCAAGGAGAUGAAAGUCCCGAUAGAGGUGCUGCUGUUCCAGUAUUUGGAGAAUGGGAGAAUGAUCCUCAAUCCGCCGAAAAUUUUACUCAUAUUUUCAACAAAGUACGAGAGGAAAGGAAUAAUGGGGCUGGAAAUGUGUCGAGCACUCCAAAGCAUCCAUCUCAAAAUCAUCAGUCCAAGAAUCAUAAGAAGUGCUGCUUCCCGUGGUGUUAAGGCAAGAAGAUAUCCGGUUUCCUUGGAGCUUUCAAGCUAUGAUGAAAAUGUAAAUAGCUCGGAAGGUUCGUCUGAUGCAGAGUUACUGCUUUUAUUCCAUCUAAUACUGCGUGUCUCGGGACAAUACUAAGAAAACUUCAUCAAUUCUGGGCUAUCCACUAUUUUUCCAGUUUGCUUAUUCAGUUUCCAGUGUUACUUAAUUGACCGAAAGAGAAAAUAGUGAGAAAUUCUUUUGUUCUAUUAUAUAUUAUUGGUAUUGUUUUAGCAUCUUCUCUUCUCCUUAACAGUCUGAACUUGUAUUUUUCACUGCACGACUCGUAUACUUAAAAAUGUCUUUGUUAUUUGAGAAAUUUAGACGGAAUUUCAGUCCUCCGUUUGAUCUUA